AUGUCAGACGAGAUAAUUUGGCAGGUUAUUAACCAGAACUUCUGUGCUUAUAAGAUUAAAACUGACAAAGGCCAGAAUUUUUGCAGGAAUGAAUACAAUGUGAGUGGUCUAUGUAAUAGGUCAUCAUGUCCUUUGGCAAACGCAAAAUAUGCUACUGUAAAACAGGUAGAUGGUAAGCUAUAUUUAUAUAUGAAAACUGCUGAAAGGGCUCAUACUCCAGCCAAAUUGUGGGAACGGAUCCGUUUAUCAAAAAACUACGCCAAAGCCUUAAAACAGGUAGAUGACCAUUUAUUGUACUGGAACAAGUUUUUGAUUCACAAGUGUAAGCAGAGAUUGACAAAACUCACUCAGGUGAUGGUUACCGAGAGGCGUAUGGCAUUGAGAGAAGAAGAACGGCAUUAUGUUGGCAUUGCGCCAAAGGUAAAGAGAAGAGAAGAGAACAGAGAAAGAAAGGCAUUGGCCGCAGCUAAGAUCGAGAAAGCGAUCGAAAAGGAGCUCUUAGAAAGAUUAAAGAGCGGUGCAUAUGGUGAUAAGCCUCUAAACGUCGACGAGAAGAUCUGGAAGAAGGUUAUGGGUGAAGUUGAAGAGGAACAAGAGCAAUACAGUGAUUUAGAUGAACUAGAAGAUGAAGAGGAUCUAGGUGAAGUUGAAUAUGUGGAAGAUAACGACGAAGAAGAGUUGUACGACUUGGAAGACUUACAAAAGUGGCAAGAUUCCGACGACUCUGAAUCUGAUAGCAGCGAUGAUGAGAGUGACGAUGAGAGUGACAGUGACAGUGACGACGACGCUGCAUCUAGAAAGCGCAAAGCUUUGGCAUCCAGAAGGAAACGGGCCAGAGUUGAAAUUGAAUAUGAACAAGAAACACAUCCAGCCCAGAAAGAAAUUGCGGAGUAA